AUGGCUGAAAAUGGAAUAGGGAGUGUUUUGUUUGGGAACGAGAGUGCUGUCAAUCUGUCGGAGUGGAAGUUGGAUGAAGUGCAUUUGUAUAAGGAUUAUCCUGAGGGGCUGCUGCGGUUUGCCACUGUCUGCUGCUUCAUCUUCAUGGCUAUAGGUAUUCCUGGGAACCUCAUCACCAUCAUUGCGCUGGCGAGAUAUGAAAAGGUACGGAACGCAACGGCAAUAUUCAUAAUGAAUCUCUCGUGUUCCGACCUGCUGUUCUGCUGUUUCAACUUACCGCUCGCUGCAUCCACCUUCAUUCACCGAUCGUGGAUACACGGACGGGUGCUUUGCAGAUUGUUUCCUUUGAUGAGAUAUGCAUUAGUUGCUGCUUCGCUGUUCACUGUGACAGCUAUCACAAUCAAUAGAUAUGUGAUCAUCGCACAUCCUAGGCUGUAUCCUAAGAUGUACAAAACCCGGAACAUAGCACUGAUGCUGAUCACAAUAUGGGCUGUAUCGUUCGGCUUUUUAAUAGCGACGUGGUUCAAUAAAUGGGGCAACUUCGGGCUCGACGUAAACAUCGGUUCCUGUUCCAUCAUACCGGACAAGAACGGCCGGACACCGAAAAAGAUACUUUUUAUUAGCGCCUUCGUACUUCCUUGUAUUGCAAUAAUCGUGUGCUAUACACGGAUAUUCUUUAUCGUCAGAAAGACAUCAAAGAACUCCAGGCCUUUAAAUAGAAACGCACAAGAAAUGCCGUCUUGCGACGAGCUCUCGUCUGUCGUUUCUUCCGACUCGAUGUCAGUGAAGGUUUCCGGUCCGGAAGUCAGCAGCAGUGACAAUGCUGAAUCGCAAAGUUCAGAAAUCGCUAGAAACGGCAACGCGAAAGCAAUGUCGUUCCAAGUUGAAAGUAGGGAUGAAAUAAGGAGGAAAGAUAACAGACUCCGCAGGACAGCAUUAAGAAAGUCUAUGGCGAUGUUAAAGCUCUCGCUUCCCACACGGAAAGACAGACGGCUGGGAACAAUGAUAAUCGCUAUAAUGAUAUCGUUUUGCAUCUGUCAUCUACCAAUAACAAUAACGAAGAUGCUGCGAGAGAUAAACCCCAUUCCAGCUUCGAACAUAGCGUCUUACGUCCUUUUGUAUUUAGCUUCCUGUAUCAAUCCAGUGAUAUACGUGGUGAUGUCGAACGAAUACCGUAAGGCUUAUAAGAAUCUCUUCAGAUGCAGACGAAAGUCUUGA